AUGAGGACUAAAAAUUUUCGUUUUGCAAUUAUUGCUAUGAAAAUAUGGGCAAAAAACAGUUCAAUUUAUGGAAAUAAAUUUGGUUUGCUAAGUGGAUCAAUUCUCACAAUUUUUAUUCAAAAAAUUUAUUUAUUAUAUCCAAAUGCGAAUUUACAUAGCCUUUUACAAAGAAUUUUUCUGACAUUUUUAACGUGGUUUGGAAAUUUUCAAAAACUAUUUAUAAUAAUAAUUUUAAGGAAUUGGCCAGCAAUAUUUCAUUUAAAUGAAAUUAAAUUAAAAGAACCCGGAUGGACACCAAUAAAAGAACGCGUAGAUCGUUCAGACUUUUACAAUAAAUUAAUAAAUAUUGAAAGUAAAGAGUGGUUGGAUUUAAAUACUAAUAGAUUAACUGAACACUUUAACCUUAAAAUUCCAAUAAUAUCAAGUUCUUUUCCUGAACAAUCUGUUGGUUUUAAUAUAAAUAAUUCUACAAAGCAAAUAAUUAUGGAAACAAUGACUUUAGGUUAA